ACUGCCUGUCACAAUACCUCGAGAUGUGACUGGAUUUCUACGGCGUCAUGUUGGAGAGGACGUAUCCUAUUGGUCACGAGUUGUGGUUCGCUGUGGGACAACCCAGGAAGUUUGUCUCAGCUGGAAGAAGAAAUCGUAGGAAACUAGCAAGGGAGAUCCAGUGUGGGAGAUGCGAGCGGCGUUACGCCUGGCAGUCGUAGCAGUCCCUAUGGGUGUGCUGCUAUCCCGGACCAUGGCGUGGAUGUCCAGUGGCAAAACAAAUGCAGAGCUCAUCAGCAGGCUGAGGGAUCAUGGGGUGAUCCGCAGCGACCGAGUGUUUGAUGCCAUGCUGGCUACAGACAGAGGCCUCUACUCUACAGACUAUCCUUAUGCGGACUCUCCUCAGUCCAUAGGCUACAGGGCGACCAUCAGUGCACCACACAUGCAUGCUCACGCUUUGGAGCUGUUAAGUGACAAGCUAACUGAAGGGGCAUCAGCACUAGAUGUGGGUUCAGGAAGUGGAUAUCUCACUGCCUGCUUUUCAAGGAUGACAGGAUCCAGUGGUAAAGUGGUCGGGAUUGAACACAUCGAUGAACUGGUUCAAAUGUCAAUAAAAAAUGUGCAAGCUGAUGACCCAGAACUGCUCUCCACUGGACGCAUCAAAUUUGUAGUGGGAGAUGGCAGGCUCGGCUUUCCAGAUGGAGCGCCAUAUGAUGCCAUUCACGUUGGUGCAGCUGCAGCUACGGUUCCUAAGGCUCUCUUGGAGCAGUUGAAACCUGGUGGACGGUUGAUUCUCCCCGUAGGCCCCGACGGUGGCAGUCAGGUGCUGGAACAGUACGAUCGGCAGACUGAUGGGACCUUUCUCAAGAAAGCUUUGAUGGGAGUGGUUUAUGUCCCGCUGACUGACAAGAGGCGUCAGUGGCCUGGACGUGAGCUCUGACUGCAGUGUGGUUGCCCCUGCAGGAGGUGGCGUUGGUGCUGUAUUUCCGGGGCCCCUUAGCACUCCUCGUGGAUUCGCUGAGCCCCCAGACUAAAUGGCCACCUGCCCCACUGGGUUGUCACCUAGCAACAUACAAGGAGGAUCUCGCUCUGUUUGCCAAACCAGAUCGUCUUCCAAGAGUGCUAGAACAGUGAGCAACUGAAUGAGUGACCACCGCUAGACCGAUGACCUUACUCUCUAAAUCCUUGCAGUCAUUUUAAGUGAUUCACAGUAUUCACAGUGAAGUCCAGCAAAAAUGCAAUCACAGUUUGAGGAGCUGCAGUACAUGUACUGUACAUAUAUGUGUUCUGGAGGUCAGAAAUUCAGAAAUGAUGAGUCUGAUGGGGAUGCUUUGGUUAUGAAUACGUACAAGUACAAGCCAAGGAAUCUAAAUAAAAAUUCAAUAAGUUAAAGUAAUUUAUAUUUUGUGGUAAAAAAAAACAUCAUAUACUAUAUGUGUAGAAUAAGUCCUGUUGACAUUGUUACGGUAGAGCAGAGGAGGCAUUGUGCCAAAACUUGAUUAAGUGAGGCAGUUAAUUUUUUAAAAACUAUACAAGCGUUGAUUUAUGUGUGCAUUGAUACGAUUUAUUAAUAAAACUCACUAAAUGGA